AUGCGUCUCAACAUCUUCGCUUUCCUGGCACCUCUCCUCAGCACUACGCUGCACGUUGGUCACACCUCGGCGUUAGCCUUUCCCUCUCCGGAUACCUCCCUUUCCACAAUCCCCUCCGCCGACCUCGUCGCCCGCGCUCCCUCCAAGACUGGCAGGAUCACCGUUGGCGACGGCAAAAAGAAAGGCAAAGUCAUUGUCGAUAUCAAAUGGACGUCCAAGGAAAAAGUCUCAAUUCGACUGACAGUCCAAAACCCUCAAGACCACGAUGUCUUUGGAACGUACCGCGUGUACUUCGCCGACAAGAAGUACAAGGAUUUGAAGUUGAAUGCCGGACCGGGAGGAAGUACGAGGUAUGAUCCGAGCGGAACAGGUUUCACGCCGUGGACUAAGUCGGGGAUUGAUCUCACGGGCGUGCGGGCCUAUGCUUGUGAUGACAAGGCUUUGGCGAAGGAUGAUUGUGAUGAUAAAUUCAUUCCCUGGGGCGCCGCGAAGCCCACUUGA